AUGGUGUCGAAGUUAUUCCCAUCUCAACGCCAAAAGCAAAUGCAGCAGCAGUCGGUGACAAUUUCAUUUGAAACCGAGAAGAGAGCAGCAGCUGGAACUGAUGAUCCUCCGAAAGUAAGUACUUUGAUGGUUGGAAUCCGAAAUUUGAUAUCGACUGCCACAGGGUUCCCUGCUUUUCAACACGGUGUCUCUGAUAAAUGA